CCGAGACUAUCGAGUGCGCGUCUUGGUGGUUCAAGUUAGGGGCUGGUGCGCUUGAGUUGCAGCGGUACGCUCUUCGUGUGAUGCACUUGUGGUCCUGCGCCUCUCGAGCGGAGAGGAACUGGGCAGUCCACGAGGGCAUCCAUACGAAGAAGCGCAACCAGUUGCCCUUCGAGAAGGUCGUGCAACUAGUUGAGAUCACCGCAAAUGUGCGGUUGAUAGAGUAUCGGGGGGCAGGAUGCAAUUAUGUGCUGCCAUGGCAGUGGGACGAGGGCAUGCUCGACUGCCAGGCACGACUCGAGGUGGAGCCGGUGCGCAUGGGCACGCGCAGGGGGAUGACGGAGGAGGAGAUUACCCAGCAGGUUGCGCUUAUUACGCGCGAUCCCAUCGGGGCUUCGGCACAACCCUCUGUUGAUGCCGUUUUUGGUCGACGUGCCUACAUUUUCCGUCCCUACACCAGGGAGGAUGACUCGGAUGUCGAGCCGAUACCCGAGGCAGCAGAUGACUCUGCGCUUCGCAUUCCGCGCGAGAUCAAUGAGACGCACGAUGAUCCCAAGGACGAGGAGACGAGGACAUACACCGCACGAUGGGCGGCGGACCGCCGGACAGAGGCGCGGAUGACGACUCCUGCUCCAACGAGGCCAGAGUCGUCCAUGCCGCCACCUCCAGCUCCGAGUUCUGCACCGCCAUCGCCUGUCUCGCCACAUGAGUUGGCCACGGCAGCGGUGGACACAGAGGAGUGGGCAUCCUCCUUACCUCAGCACAGACUUCUGCAAAGACCUGAGGUGAUCCGCCGGCUGAGGUUACGAUCACCUUCCACGGGGAUGUUGCAAGAGGAGGGGGUACCAUCAGCAGCACCAGUGGAGGGGGAGGUGGCAGCAGUGGAAGGGGAGGUGGCAGCGGAGGGGGACGUAGUAGCAGCAGCAGCAGUGGAGGGGGAGGUGGCACCAAUGGAGGAGGAGAUAGCAGCAGCAGCGAUGGAGGAGGUACCAUCAGCAGCAACAGUGGAGGGGGAGGUGGCAGCGGCGGAGGAGGAGAUAGCAACAGCGGCACAGGUGUCGGAUGUUGCCAUGCACUGUGAUGGUGCGGAUGACGCUGAGGGUGGCGUCGAGAGACGGAGAGAUGGUGGGCACGGUGGGGCAAUGGUGGGGGAAGACGCUAUGGAGGUCGUGGCAGCAGAGGCGGAGGAGGGUAUGGAGGGUGGGCCAGAGCUAGUGGAUGAGGCUAUGGAGGGUGGAGAGGGGCGAUGUGAGGGGCCUGGAGAUGCGCCGACGGUAGCUCAGGAAACACAGACGGGUCCAGUCGUCCCGUUCUCGAGCCUGCACGUGGUCGAGGCCCGACAAUCACAGCCGACUGAGGUGGCAAUGCAUUAUGUGCCACCUAUUAUCAUCAAGGAUUGGGGUCCAAGCCGAUGGUUCGGAGGGUCGAGCAGGGCAGAUGUUCCAGGGGUUUCGGGGGGCGUGCAAGAGAGACGGCCAGGUACAGGAGACAUGCCACCCCCUCCUCCUCGACCACGUGAGGGUGAUCCAUCGUCGUCGCCCACUGCUCGAGGCUCUCCUUCCACACGCCCUGGGAGAUCGAGGGUUCAUGACACGACAGUUGUUGGGCGAGAUGUGGGCGACACAACGUUGUACGGGAGGACAGACAUAAAUUUGUAUUCCACCCGCAGUGUCACUGAGUACACUUCUCGCCUUCAGCCGGGGUUGGGUCACUGCGGCGGCAGGACGACCGCAGCGAGGGAGGUUGCAACAACCGGUUGUGAGCCUCAACGAGGUCGAGGUGGAGGAGAGUCCACCUCGACCUUGGACCACGCUUUGAGAGCAGCGACGCGUGUUGUGCAUGAGCAGACUCCACGCAAGCGUGGAGUGCCUCGUCCACGCCCCGUGCCUGCACAGGGAGGCGCUGCACUUGGAGAGUCUUCGGGGGCGGAGGGGUUGGGGAUGCCUCGUGGAUCCCGCCGUCAGCAGAUGAUCGCACACGCUAGUGCAAGGGUUGUUGUGUUGAGGAAGGGAGGCGACCAUGUCACCAUCGAGGAGGAUGACCCUGAGACGACACCGGCAGUGUGGGAGGAUGAUGAGGACUAUGAGGGUGAGGAGGAGGGUGAGGAGGAGGAGAGUGAGAGUGGCGACGACGAUGACGAUGACGACAAUGAGGAUGAGCCCCCACGCCCCUCACCGACGCAUGCUUCAAGACUUUCUUCUGGGCAGACAUCGUCAUCCACAUGAGGGAAGGGGAGGUCGACAUCCGGCACUCGGGGGGGUACGAGGAGGCAUAGCGGAAAGUGGCAGAGGGGUUGAUGACCAUGACGCCAACAGUCCGCUUUCCCCUACUUGCACGUGACUUCGUCGUAUUCUGUGCUCUUCUUUUUACGGUCGUGCUUUCUUAUCUCAUUGCUGUCAAGUAGUCACUAAUAGUCAGGUAGUGUGCAUGAUGCAACUAUAGAUGUUUUCUUCGUUUUUAGUGUGUCUGAUUCUGGUUUGAGUAGGGCGUCUGUACAAUAGGUUGGGUCGGCACCGUGGACGCGA